AUGAUUUCCCAAUUUCCGGCAUGUAAUGCUUGGACGCACCACAGCUCCACUUACGACUCAUAAUCUAUAGCUGAAUCUUCUGGAUUUGUGUAGCUCCACUUGCCAAUUCAACCCGGAACAAACAGGACGCAAUCCGUCCCCCAUGUAAUAAGGUUUGUUGCUUGGACGCCCAUCCAUGGCCGUUUCUUGGUCAGACUGACCACUGUGCCGUCGCCGUUACGACCUCUUCCUCUUCCUCUUCCUCUUGCUCCUUUCUUUAUUCAGCCCGCCUGCAUGCAUGGCCUGUGUAGGCAAGAGCUGCGGCAUGGGUGCUCCGCUUGCUUCUGGUACACGUCCCGGUGGUGAUCGAGAGCGAGACCCAGACCGGCUCGCACGAUCCUUUGCCUUGCGCUGACAUGAUCAAGUCAACCAAUGGUGGCGCGGUCGACGGCCGCGCCACUAGCUGCAUGCGUCGCCCCCACCCACCACACCACUGCCGGCCGCCAUUGUCGCAUUCCGCAUGUCCUCACGCCACUCCACCGGUAAGGCAGUCGGUGGAGCGGAUAUAAAACGCACACGCGUGUCCUCAUGUCGAGCAAGCCGCCAAUAAGCACUCCAGCAAUGGCACCUCACGCGCGCGGCCUCCGUUUCCUCAUCGCCGUUGCCGUGUUCUCGGCCGCCACGGCCGUGGCGGGGGCGCGGCACGGCGCCGCCGGGCAGUGCCGCCCGGUGGGGGCGAUCGUCACCGAGGAGCUCUACUCGUCCCUGUUCCUGCACAAGGACGACGCCGUCUGCCCCGCCAAGGGGUUCUACACCUACGCGUCCUUCAUCCGCGCCACCAGGAAGUUCCCCAAGUUCGGCGCCACCGGCGACCUCGUGACGCGCAGGCGCGAGGUCGCCGCCUUCCUCGCGCAGAUCUCCCACGAGACGACGGGCGGGUGGGCGACCGCGCCGGACGGCCCAUACUCGUGGGGCCUGUGCUACAAGGAGGAGAUCAGCCCGCAGAGCAGCUACUGCGACGCCACGGACAAGCAGUGGCCGUGCUACCCCGGCAAGUCCUACCAUGGCCGAGGCCCCAUCCAAAUCUCAUGGAAUUUCAACUACGGUCCGGCGGGGCAGGCCCUGGGGUUCGACGGGCUGCGGAACCCGGAGCUGGUGGCCAACUGCUCGGACACGGCGUUCCAGACGGCGUUGUGGUUCUGGAUGACGCCCAGGGAGACCAAGCCGUCGUGCCACCAGGUGAUGGUCGGCGAGUACCGCCCCAGCAGGGCCGACGCCGCCGCGAACCGCACGGCCGGGUUCGGGCUGGUCACCAACAUCGUCAACGGUGGCCUCGAGUGCAACGUCGCCGACGACGCGCGGGUCAACAACCGGAUCGGCUUCUACCGGCGGUACUGCCAGGUCCUCGGCGUCGACGUCGGGCCCAACCUCGACUGCGCGCACCAGCUCCCGUACUAGCCCGAGGGAGUACCCUCACGUUUCUCGAUCGGGAGAAAACCAUAGCCUCACGUGCUACGUAGUUGCUUAAAUUUGUAGUUUAGUUAAGCCUACAAAGAAAAACACUUGUAUUUUGUUAGUAAUAAAUCUAAUAAAUUAAGGUUCCUUUAACA